AUGUGGCAACGUGAUGUACAAACUUUUCUUUCCUCAGAGGAAGAUGACAUUGUGUGGAUGAAGAAAGAAGUAGAUUUGAUAGUCAGAUGGUUGGUGGAGGAAGAACAACAACGCACGAUGAUUUCAAUGAUGGGUAUGGGUGGGGCGGGCAAGACCGUUCUUGUCACUAAAGCCUACAAGAACAAACUAGUAAAGAAGCACUUCGACUGCUCCGCAUGUGCUUCAGUCUCACAGACUCUUAGAAUCGAUGAAGUACUGCGAAGCAUCAUAAAACAAUUCCUUGAGGCUACAAAGGAAGUUGUUCCAAAUGACCUAGCCACCAGUGAUGUCGGGGACUUAAGGCAGCUGGUUAAAAGACAUCUCAAAUCGAAAAAGUGUCUGAUUGUCUUGGAUGAUAUCUGGAGUAUGAAUUAUUGGAAUGAACUAAGUGUCAUAUUUCCAGACUAUAGAUGCGGAAGCAGGUUAGUAGUUACAACAAGAGACAGAGAUGUGGCUUUUGCAGCGGGAGAGGGAAGCCGUGUCUGCCAGCUUCAGCCUCUACAUCCAAAAGAGGCAUUGGAUCUCUUUUGUAAGAAGGCAUUUCAGAACAAACCCUGCCCUUCAGAACUGGAGCCAUUGGCUCUAUCUAUAGUAAAAAAAUGUCAAGGUCUGCCUCUUGCAAUUAUUGCAAUGGGCAGCCUCUUGUCAUUGAGAGAUGCGAACAUGUUGGAAUGGAACUGA